ACAAUGGAGUUAUCAGUUACAGAUGAAAUGUCUGGCAUAUCGACUACUCGAACUCAUGUUUGCGCUGUUACCUGAGGACCAGACCAAACCAAGUUCACCUGUCAAUCAUUCUUUCACAUCGAGCCAACUAACACAAAGUGGAAACUCUUUGAUUAAAACCUUCAUGUUGCGAGUCAACAGAGACAGAAAUGAAAACAUGAAAGGUGAGAAGGUAUUGCUUGAAGAAAGGAGACAAUUUCACUGUGGAGUUUAUAAUGCAUUGAUAGCUGCUGUUAUUUCUACACAGAGUUCAAUUAAAUGGUUCAAAGUUUUUCUUUUUGAUGAAAAUCCCUCCAAACAACAAUAUUUCCUUAAUAAUGUGUUAGACUGCAACAAAAAUUAUACUUUUGACACCGAAAUAAGUCAACCAUUGACUAAACGAAAAAAGUUUGUUGCAAUCAGGAAAAAGAAAGCAGAAAAAGAAGGUGAAGCAUCCAUACAAUACAUGGCAUCAUUAGCUGGGAGCAGCUUAAGUGAGGAAAUCAGUGUAUUUGACAGAAACAGAAGUCUUGUUGUUCCAAACACUUCAAGUGCUAAUAUUUCAAGCAUGUCAGUAACCAAUUCAACUGAUGAGUUUGAAAACACUGAUUCCCAACCUGCUAUUGCAACAACAUUUAGUGGGAACUUUGUGGAGUUAGAGGUUGAUAGCUUGAAUGAACAUGAGUGUAUGCCUGCAUUGGUUGGCCUCAUCACACACAUGCAUGAGAACAAUAUAGGUUUCCCAGAAGAGGAAAAAGAAGAAGAGUCUUCUCUCCCUUCAUGGAUGUCCUCCAUCCAUAAGAAGUUGUCAUCCUCAUCCACGAGUAAGAACGUGAGACUCUUCAUUGCAAAGUUGAUCAUCAACUGCGAACAAUAUUUCAGACCAUAUGCUGCACAUUGGAUUACACCACUUGCACAAUUAAUAUUAAGAGAAGAUUGUGGUGUUAAUGGCAUUGAUACCAUGGUAUGUGAUAUACUGGUCACUGUGCUUUCAUGGAACAACAUUGCUGUACCAGAGGAUUCGGUUGAAGGCAAAAGUUUGGUCCGUGGUUUGUUGGAACAAUUGUCUCGUAGAAUCCACCACAAUAAUCGAGCAAUUAUCCGUCAUAAUCUCGAUCUUAUUAAAACCACCCUUGAAUGUUGGGGUGAGAGAGUACGAGGGGGGGUGGAUCCUAAUAUUGUGUAUCAGCUGUGCGAGAGCAACGAUGUUGAUUUGAAAGAAAACUUUGCCGGUCUUCAGUUGCUUGGAGCGUUCCUUGUUAAUAAAUGUUCACCAUUUGCUGGGGAAUAUACACUAGAUGUUGAUAGGGAACAAUAUUACCAAAGAAUCUUUCGGAACAUGCGUUUCAAGAGAAAGGAGAUAUACGAUGCAGCUUCUGAAGUGGCGGGACUUACAUUGAAUUAUAUUACUAAUGUUGAAAAGGAAGAAAAUGGAAAUGUUCAUGAAAUGGUUCGCAACAAUCUCUCUGCCCUGUUUAAAAACCCCAAGACUCAAGAUAUCUUCAUAACUUGCUUACACAAAGUUUCCAUGCAUUUCCCACCAAUGGUUGAUAACUUUGUAUCCGCUGUUACUGGAUUGCUACCAAAGAUGCAUGGCGACCUACGUACCUUCUGCUAUGAAAUAAUCAACCAACGAGCUUCACAUAUUGAGGAUUUGUAUCAACAGCUAGAUAUGAAGAAUCUUAUUACAAAUUUCUCAGUGGGUGGAGAUCCUCUUCAACUUGCCUCGCUAAGAAUUUGUUCCAAGCUUGUCAUGGCAACCAUUAUCAACACAGGGGAAUCCCCAACAGAUCAGCAAUACAAAAUUGUUCUUCAGUUUUUACCAGAAAUUUUUAAAGUUUUUUCAAAACAUUCGAACCCAAUCUGCCGAAAAGAAGCUUUUGAGCUCGCUAUGAUGUUAUAUGACCAUCAGAAAAGCUUAUCAUCAACUGAUCAGCAUUCUGAAAUUAUGAAGUUGUCAAAAAUAUUUCUUCUUAAAUGUCUCAGUGAUCCAGAAGAGUUAUUGAGAAAUCGAGCCAUGAAUUUCUGGAGCGACGAAAGUCGUCUUCCGAUUACUCCCAUCCAUAAAGUGUCCGGAAUCUUCCAAGAUCUUUACGACUCUUCCUUAGAGGAGUCCCGGUUCCUCUGCAAUGCAGUUGGAUUGAUCCUCCAAAGUACAUCAUUGAGUCCGGACUUUGAUCGAGCAAUAUUUGAUCUUCCUCUCUCCGAGUGUGUAUUUCAGGAGUAUGAGAUAGAUAACAGUUGGAGACACCAGUACGCGAGUCUGGUUCCAAUGUUCGUGGAAACUCUGGGUAAUUCAUCUGGUGAUGUAACCUCACGAAAACAAAAUCCGAAUAGGAUUCUCGCAACUCAACAAGAUUUACAAUUCACUGCAACUGUGGAAGGUGGUAAGAGUUCAUACAAUUGGAUGACGGGUAGCAGCCUUGACACAUUUUCAAGCCUUGCUGUUGGAGAUCACCAGAAAAGUUCUUUACUAGCAAGUUCCAUAACUUCUCCCGCCUCAUAUAGAAGGCUGGGCAGAAAACUUGUGACAGAUAAACCAGGCCCAGAGUUUGGGAAAGUGGAUUUGGUGAAACAAGAAGGACAGAAGAAGAAACAACGAGGUUUUGGGGUAAACAUAGAUGUUCAAAGAUUACGCAGAAGAUUUCUUAAAGAACAAACGGAUUCAAGAAUCAACUUUGCUCGAGUGCAAGAAGUAAAGAAGAGAAGACAGGAGACAUUUCAGAAAGAGCAUGAAAAACGAAGAUCAAAUGAUGUCACUCUGCAUCGAAGGUAUAGGGAUGGGGAAUUACCGGAUGUUCAGAUCCCAAACAAAUCUAUCAUAGCUCCUCUUGCAUCCGCGUGUCAGUAUGAUGCUGUCCUCUCAAAAUCUGUUCUCUCCUCUCUUGUGUGCGCCAUCUUGAAAGAAGAAAGGAAAAGGGAUGGGGAAGAGAACACCCCUGCAAACAUUGGUGACAAAAUGUUUCAAAUUCUUGAAAUUUCGACGGAAAAAAAUCCCUCCCUUAUUGCAUGUGUGGAAGAAGUAGCGCUUCGUAAUCAUGACUAUGUGGGAUUCAACAAACUUAUUCCUGCUCAUAUUUCUUCAUCAUCUCUUGCAUCCAAUAAACAUGCUCUUGGCAUCACUUUGUUGGAGCAAUACAUAAUCGAUGACAAACACAGUGUCAAGGAACCUUCACAUAAAAAACAGAAGACACAUGUUAGUGGGAUGGGGAAUAACCCUGUGUUGUGGAUUGAACUAGCAAGACUUUACAAAUCACUGGAUGAGUUCGACGUCUUGCGUGGAAUAUUCAGUGGAGAUUCUGAAUCGAAUAAAUCAACAGCUAAAGGAUUAGCUUUGGAGGAUUGUGGUGAUUACACUGCUGCUUAUAAAGUUUACAAUGAGGCGCUACACAAGGAGGAUUGGGAGAAUGAUGUAAGUGAGGUGGAGAAAGAUGUUUGGGAAGAUUGUUUGAUUAACUGCUUCAAAAAUCUUGCCAGAUGGGACCAAGUUAAUGCAGUUUGCGAUGCAGAACUUAAUGAUUAUCUGGAAGAUACAAAUUGUAGCUUAAAACAAGUAUGGAGGGUUCCUGAAUAUGAGCAACGGUUUCUGGACACAUCAGUUCAUUCAAAACUUCUGCUGCUUCUUCAAGGCAACAUAGAAGCUGGAAAUGAACUUUGUGAGUUUUUUGAUGAUUCAAUGCAAGGAGAUGACGCUAGGAAAAAUAUGGUGGAGAAAAACUACUCUGAACAUUUGGCUAUGAUGUACAUUUAUAAGGGUGAUUAUGACAGCGCGAAGUUUUAUGCUGAUAAAGCAGCAGAUAGUUUUUCCCAUCAAUGGUCCAACCUUGACUCACUUAUGAAGGACAGGAAAGAAAACUUACAAUGUAUUUUUCCUCGAUUAAAUGAUAUAAAUGAUUUCCUUGAUCUUGUAUGUGGGGAGAAUGAAAUUUCAUCACAAUCUGUAAAGAAUCUUGUCUCGUGUUGGAGCAAUAGCUUGCCAAAUACUAACUUUGGUUCAAUUACUGCCUGGAAUGACUGUAUUGUAUACAGAUCUUUUUUUAUGGAUCAGCUUCAAAAGAAACUUAACAUUGAAUCUGACUCCAUGCUACAUGAAGAUAUUCAAUGGAUGGAAAAGACAAAGUUCCAACUUCGGCUAAAUAUGAUGGAAAGUGCCCGCUUACAAGGAAAUCAUGUCGUAGUAGCUCGUAUAAGAUCAUCCUUAAAAAAGGAACAUGAACUUCUAAAUUCUGACAAAAAUCUUUCGUUUAAACUGACACACGAGGCAGCAUUGUCAUAUCUCGCACAAGCAGAAUCUCUUGCUCUUAACAACAAACCAAACAACAACAAAAUAAAAUAUUUUAUAGAUUCUGUGGAAUGCUUGAAUGAACAGAAUGAGUUUAUUACAGAAAGUGCCACCAACAUAGAGAGGAUACAUCACCUUCUUGCACUUGCUACCACACAUCAUCUUACAUCAAGUAACUUAAACAAUGGGGAGGAUGCUGAUAUCGAACAAGUCAAGGAAAUAUUCGGAACUGACAUUAAUGCCGACAACAUUCGUCAAACUCUUUCAAACAAAGCGUUCAAGUUUUACCUGAAAGCAGCAAAGUUCGGUGAAGCAUUAAAUAACAUUGGUGAAGGUAGCCUGCAGCAGAAAUCUUACAUUGCUCUUGCCAAGUUCUGUGAUGAACAGCUUAGGAAUGGCGACCAAGCUGAAGGUUUACUCUCACCAACUUCAAAGUCAGUAAAAGUUGAAUAUGCUGUUACCAUGACAACUUAUGUGUUACGAGCCAUGAGAAUCCAAUCCGGUGACCUUUCUAAAGCGAGUUGGAGUUUCCCUCGGUUGCUGCAACUUGUUCAGGAUUUUAAAGGAAAUAUUUUGGAUUCUUUUAUACAAGAGUCAUCUACUUUACCAAGUUGGAUGGUGUUAAGUUGGUUGGGUCAUCUAGUAGCAUUGUUGGACAGAGAUGUAGCACCUGCCGUUCAACCAAUACUUACUCUAGUUAUGCGGGAUUAUCCACAAGCGAUUGUUUUCCCAUUCAAAGCUGCAUUUGAAGGAUAUAAAUUUGAAGAAAAUGAAGCUGGGAAGAAAAAUAAACAAUUCGUAAAAAAAGUAAAACAUCACCUGAAGCAAGAAGUUCCACUGGCUGAUGAAUUUGUGCGACAAUUGAGACGAAUAUGUCAUCCUAGUAUUGCGUUUAAAGAUUGGAAAGAAGACUUUACCAACUUGUUUUGUUCAAAAGAGACAAGCCGCAUGAAACAUAUUGUGGAAAAUUAUCAAAACAUGUUUAACGAUUUCUUCCAGUGUAUUCCCCCUGCUGCUUCAGAAGAAUCAUCACUUUAUGGAGAUUCUCCAACCUCUGAUUCAGUUGGCUUAAUAUGGACAAAAUUUUCUAAGAACUACAAGGCAAAGGUUGAGAGAACAUUUGGCGGACAAACUGGUGACAAACUGUCAAGGAUGAAUUUAAAACAAUGCAGGGGUGAGAUCAACAAUCUUUAUUCGGAUAUUGAAAAGUUUACCCUUGGAACAUCUUCUCUUAAUGAUUACAGUCCAUGGUUGGCUAAGUUUCAAUCUUUACAGAGGAGCAGCAAAGAACUUGAGGUUCCAGGCCAGUAUGAUGGAAAAAGUCGUCCACUCCUGGAGUAUCACGCAACAAUCACGGGAUUUGAUGAUAGGGUCACGAUGAUGACAUCAAUUCGUAAACCAUGCAAGAUUAUUAUGCGUGGAUCAAAUGAAAAAGAUUUUGGAUUUUUGAUUAAAGGUGGUGAGGAUUUACGUCAGGACCAACGUAUCCAACAAAUAUUUGUCAUUUUUAACCAGUUGUUAGAGUCAGACAUGGGGUGUAGGAAGAGAAACUUAUCAAUGAGAACAUACCAGGUUAUCCCAAUAAGUUCAAAGGUUGGAAUGAUUGAAUGGGUGGACAAUGUGGUUCCUUACAUUGAAUUUAUUUCACAACAAGCAAAAAGAAUGAACUGCAAUUCUUGUAUUACUGAACCAGCAAGAACUUGGAUUCCAAAGAAUAUGGUUCAAAAACCUCCUUGCGAAACAUAUGGAGUGUUAAUGCAGCGCGGGAGCUAUGCACAGGUAGUGGAGAAAUUUAAGAGAGCUGAAAAUAUGUUGCCAUGGGACUUAUUCAGGCAAGCCUACAUAAGGUUAUGUGCAAAUCCAGAGUCAUUUGUUGCUCUGCGCAAACGUUUUACAUCCUCAUACGCUGUCAUGUGCGUCACUCAUUGGUUACUUGGGAUCGGCGAUCGUCACACUUCUAACUUCAUGCUGUCAUUGACAACUGGAGAAGUUGUUGGCAUCGAUUUUGGUCACGCCUUUGGUUCGGCAACAGAGGUUCUUCCUGUGCCAGAAUUGGUUCCAUUCCGUUUAACAAACCAGAUCAUCAACCUGCUGUCACCACAUUCAGCCAUUCAUGGCGAACUUCGCCAUGUUAUGGUUCGAUGCUUAUCUGCUCUCAGAUCUCGUACGGAUACAAUUCUACCGCUGUUGGAUGUUUUUGUAAAAGAUCCUUCUGUGGAUUGGGCAAAAUUUGGAAAACGAAGUCGUGAUCAGGACCAAAGGUACUCAGAUAGUGAUGUAGAGUCAUCCGAUAGAGUUUGGUAUGCCAGGAGGAAAAUGGCACUCACCAAAAAGAAACUUGAAGGCGAAAAUCCUUCAUCCAUAACAUGUGAUGAAUUGAACCACAACAGCACAAUAACAAAGUUUAAGAAGUCGUACUGCUGCAUUGCAUCUGGGGACACUAAAAAUAUAAGAUUUCUAAUGCCAAAAUCGGGACUUAGUGUCUCAGAGCAAACAGACUGUUUAUUGGAUUUGGCAACCGAUCCCAAUGUGCUUGGUCGAAUGUGGGUUGGGUGGAAGCCUUGGAUUUAAAUAGAAAUUUUGGAUAUUUCAAACAUCCUAUGAGUUCACAUUUGUAUAGACAAAAUACAUUUUUUAAGUAAAUUUUGGAUCACAUUUGCUCUACUAGUCUUUAACUGUUAGUGGUAUAGUUAUUAUUUCAAUAACUAACUCAUCCAAACUUCAAGGUUGGUUUUAAUGGCCUUGUAUUAGUUUCGUUUUAUACAAACAUGACCAAUAUUUUGCAA